AGGGCCGCGGCGGGGCGGGGAACGGAGCGGACCGGAGCGGUCGGACCGGGCCGGGCCGGGCCGGCGGCGGGCGGACACCAUGGGGCGCGGCGGUGGCACCUUCGAGCGGCUCCUCGAUAAGGCCACGAGCCAGCUCCUGCUGGAGACGGACUGGGAAUCCAUCCUGCAGAUCUGCGACAUGAUCCGUCAGGGAGACACGCAAGCGAAGUACGCUGUCAACGCCAUCAAGAAGAAGGUGAAUGACAAGAAUCCCCAUGUGGCCCUGUACGCGCUGGAGGUCAUGGAGUCAGUGGUUAAAAACUGUGGCCAAACAGUCCAUGACGAGGUGGCCAAUAAACAGACCAUGGAGGAGCUGAAGGAAAUACUCAAGAGGCAAGUGGAGACAAGUGUCCGCAGUAAGAUCCUGUACCUCAUCCAGGCCUGGGCUCACGCCUUCCGCAACGAGCCCAAGUACAAGGUGGUGCAGGACACCUAUCAGAUAAUGAAGGUUGAAGGGCACGUCUUCCCAGAGUUCAAGGAGAGCGACGCCAUGUUCGCUGCAGAGAGGGCUCCAGACUGGGUGGAUGCAGAGGAGUGUCACAGGUGCCGAGUGCAGUUUGGUGUUGUGACGCGCAAGCACCACUGCCGGGCUUGUGGGCAGAUCUUCUGUGGAAAAUGCUCCUCCAAGUAUUCCACCAUCCCCAAGUUUGGGAUUGAGAAGGAAGUGAGAGUCUGUGAGCCCUGCUAUGAGCAUCUCAACAAGAAAACUGAGGGUAAAGCUGCUGCCACCUCUGAACUGCCCCCUGAGUACCUGACCAGCCCACUUUCUCAGCAGUCCCAGCUGCCUCCAAAGCGUGAUGAGACAGCUCUGCAAGAGGAAGAGGAGCUCCAACUGGCUAUUGCCUUGUCUCAGUCAGAGGCUGAGGAGAAGGAGAGAAUGAGGCAGAAAACAACCUACUCCAUGUACCCUAAGGCUGAGCCCACUCCUGUCACAUCCUCAGCUCCCCCAGUCAGCACACUCUACUCCCCACCUGUGAAUUCCUCUGCUCCCUUGGCCGAGGACAUUGACCCAGAGCUGGCUCGGUACCUGAACCGCAACUACUGGGAGAAGAAACAGGAGGAGGUUCGCAAGAGCCCCACACCGUCAGCACCCCUGUCCCUGACAGAGCCAGCUGUGCAGCCUGGGGAAGCCCACCCUGCCCCUCUUGGGGUGGUUGAGCAGCAGUACCAAAAUGGUGAGUCCGAGGAGAACCACGAGCAGUUCCUGAAGGCACUGCAGAAUGCGGUCACCACCUUCGUCAACCGCAUGAAGAGCAACCACAUGCGAGGCCGCAGCAUCACCAACGACUCUGCCGUGUUGUCCCUCUUCCAGUCCAUCAACAACAUGCACCCACAGCUGCUGGAGCUGCUGAACCAGCUGGACGAGCGCAGGCUGUACUAUGAGGGCCUGCAGGACAAACUGGCCCAGAUCCGGGAUGCGCGUGGGGCUCUGAACGCGCUGCGGGAGGAGCACCAGGAGAAGCUGCGCCGUGCCGCGGAGGAGGCAGAGCGGCAGCGCCAGAUCCAGCUGGCACAGAAGCUGGAGAUCAUGAGGCAGAAGAAGCAGGAGUACCUGGAGAUGCAGCGUCAGCUGGCCAUCCAGCGACUGCAGGAGCAGGAGAAGGAGAGGCAGCUGCGCCUGGAGCAGCAGAAGCAGACCAUCCAGAUGAGAGCCCAGAUGCCAGCUUUCUCACUGCCUUAUGCUCAGCUCCAGGCCAUGCCUGCAGCCGGUGGGGUGAUCUACCAGCCCUCUGGGUCCACCAGCUUCCCUGGCACCUUCAGCCCAGCUGGCUCCGUGGAGGGCUCUCCCAUGCACAGCGUGUACAUGAACCAGGCUGCACAAGGGGGAGCUGGGCCCUACGCUGCCAUGCCUGGCACUGAUCCCAGCAUGGUGAAUGCCUACAUGUACCAGCCGGGCACCAGCAGUGGGCAGGGGCCUCAGCAGGGGCCGGCAGUGCCCACCACCACCCCUGCGUAUUCAUCCUACCAGCCCACACCCACACAGGGCUACCAGACUGCAGCCUCACAGUCGCAGAGCAUCCCAGCCAUCUCCCAGGCACCCCAGUCGGGCACCAUGGGCUACAUGGGCAGCCAGUCUGUCUCCAUGGGCUACCAGCCCUACAGCAUGCAGGGUCUUAUGUCUGCCCUGCCAGGCCAGGACACAGCUCUGAGCAGCCUGCCAGCCCAGCAGUCCUACCUGCCUGGGCAGCAGCCCCUCUACCAACAGGUGGCCCCAGCUGGGGGGCCCCCCCAGCAGCAGCCCCCAGCAGCGCCUGCCCCCGGGCAGCAGCCCCCGGGCAGCGGGGAGGCCCAGCUCAUCUCCUUUGACUGAUCGUGGGCACAGGGCUCCAGUGUAACACUACUCUUCAUCUUCACUCUGUACUUCGACUACUCGUCCUGCCCCCCGGCCCCGUGCCCCAGGGGCGGUGGGGCCAGAGGCUCCUACUGCCAGCUUUGGGGACCAAGGGGCAGGGGUGCAACCCCCACGCCCUGCAGCCCGGGGCAGCAGCCCCGGCUCACCCACCCUCCCCUGGCAGCUGGCGGCCCUGGGGCCGGGCGGGAGCUCGGCCUGCCCCUGUCGUUGUCCCGGGGCUCGUGGCACGGGCCCCGAGGGCGGAGCACUCCUGCCCGGUCCCGGUGCCAGCUGUGCCCCGUCCCUGCUGUGCCCCGCUCCCUGCAGCGCCCUCAUGGCCCCGGCCCUUUGCUGGCCGGGCCUGUCCCCGUCCCGGCGGAGGCCGAGCGCUAUCGGUGACAAUAAAGUGUUGGAACGAA